UCAUCUUUUAUUAGGGUUCUAUGUCUUCCUUUGUGCAUUUCUUAACGAUGAUUGUUUCUGUGAAGUCGAGGUGAGUGUGAAUAUGGCGGAUUUUGAUAUUUAAUGGUUUUUUGGUCAUCCAUAACUUGUCUUUGAAGACCUGCUUCGCUUUCUUCGGGCUGUGAUUUCGCUUUAAGUUUCUCAUUCCUCUGUUUCUUCUCUGUUGAGUUCUUCAGUGGCCCUUUCAGACUUGCCCAGGCACAAGGAGAAAACCUAGAAGAUUGCAUGGUUUUUCCUUGGCAUAAUGAUACCUAAAGUUUUUCAUUUCUAGUAGACAGAGAUGAAUCUCUCUGCUCUUUUAACUUCUGCCGGCAUCAAUAUAGGCGUGUGUGUGCUGCUUUGGUCACUAUAUUCCGUUUUAAGAAAACAACCAGGCAACGUGAGUGUCUACUUUGGCCGGAGGCUUGCUCAAGAGAAAUUUAAACAAAGGGGUUCUUUCCUCUUUGAGAGAUUUGUACCUUCCCCUAGUUGGAUUGUUAAGGCAUGGCAAACAUCUGAAGAAGAGAUCUUGACAAGUGCAGGGUUAGAUGCUGUGGUCUUCUUGAGGAUAUUUGUUUUCAGUAUUCGAAUAUUCUCCAUUGCUACAGUCAUUUGCGUGCUACUAGUUCUUCCAUUAAAUUAUCAUGGGAAAGAGAUGCAUCAUAAGAACAUUCCUUCGGAGUCUCUGGAUGUAUUUACCAUUGCGAAUGUUGAGGAAGGAUCACGAUGGCUUUGGGCCCAUUGUCUUGCAUUGUACAUCAUAUCUUGUUCAGCUUGCGUUCUUCUUUACUUUGAGUACAAGAGAAUUGCUAAAAUUAGGUUGGAAUAUAUUACUCGAUCUUCAUCCAGCCCAAGUCAAUUUUCAGUUCUUGUCCGUUCCAUCCCAUGGUCUCCAGAUGAUUCAUACAGUGAUUUAGUAAGGAAUUUCUUCACAAAAUAUCAUGCAUCAAGCUACCUAUCACACCAAAUCGUUUAUCGGUCUGGAACAGUUCAAAAACUGAUGACGGAUGCAGAGAAGAUGUAUAAGAUGCUUCACCACUAUGGAUCAACCUCUAUUGGGCAGACUUGUCGGCCAAGUUUCUUAAGAUGUGGCCUUUGUGGAGGAACACUAAAUAUUUUCAAGAUGAUACCUUGUGAACCUGAGCAUUCAGUGGAGAUACCUAAGCUUGAACAUUUGGAUUCAAGUAUAAAAGACAAGGAAUGUGGUGCCGCUUUUGUUUUUUUCAGGACUCGCUAUGCGGCUGUUGUUGCUUCACGUGUCCUUCAAUCUUCAAAUCCCAUGUUAUGGGUUACUGACUUGGCUCCAGAACCAGAAGAUGUUUAUUGGUCAAAUCUUAGCAUCCACUAUCGACAGCUUUGGCUUCGUCAGAUAGCAACACUUCUGGCUUCUUUUGUUUUCACUGUUUUGUUUCUUAUUCCCGUCACAGUUGUGCAAGGUCUGACUCAACUAGACCAGUUACAACAAAAAUUACCAUUUCUCAAAGGUAUUUUGAAAAAGACCUAUGUCAGUCAGCUGGUUACGGGCUAUCUACCAAGUGUAAUAUUGCUGUUGUUUCUGUAUGCUGUUCCUCCAUUGAUGAUGUUAUUUUCGGCACUGGAAGGAUCAAUAUCACAUAGUGGCAGGAAAAAGAGUGCAUGCUGCAAGGUCCUGUACUUCACAAUCUGGAAUGUUUUCUUUGUUAAUGUGUUGUCUGGAUCUGUCAUUGGCCAGCUGGAAGUCAUCAUCUCUAAUCCAAGGACCAUACCUGCUGAACUUGCUACAGCUGUGACAAGGCAGGCUGCUUUCUUCACGACGUAUGUUUUAACAUCAGGUUGGGCAGGUUUGUCCUGUGAAGUUGUGCAAAUUUUUGGUCUUGUCUGCAACCUGUUCUGUAGAUACAUACUCAGAAGCAAAGAAAUUUUGUUCUUCAGUGCUCCAUCUUUUCCAUACCACACGGAAGUUCCAAGAGUUCUUCUAUUUUUACUUCUUGGCUUCACUUGUUCAAUCCUGGCACCUCUAAUGUUGCCUUUCUUGCUGAUAUACUUCUUUCUAGGUUAUCUUGUGUAUCGUAACCAGAUUCUUAAUGUGUAUCUUUCAAGGUAUGAAACCGGUGGACAGUAUUGGCCUAUUGUGCACAAUACCAUAAUCUUCUCAUUGGUACUGAUGCAAAUAAUAGCUAUUGGAGUUUUUGGAUUAAAACGCUCACCAAUUGCAUCAGGGUUCACCAUUCCACUGGUGAUAUGCACACUACUAUUUAAUGAGUACUGUAAGCGGCGGUUUCUUCCAAUUUUUAAGAUUCCUUCUGCAGAGGUUCUAAUUGAGAUGGACCAGCAAGAUGAACGGAGUGGGCGGAUGGCAGAGAUUCAUCAAAAACUACAUUCGGCGUACUGUCAGUUCACACUCGACUUGCAUAAUCCCAUUUUUAGGAGUGCUUCUAUGGAGGUUCUCAUUGAAAAGGAUCGGCAAGAUGAGCACAGAGAGCAGAUGGCAGAGAUUCAUCAACAAUUACAAUCGGCCUACUGUCAGCUGACAAUGAUGAACUCAAAUACACAUAAUAUAUGCAAAGCCGAGGGCUCGGAUCAUUCUGUGGAUGUGGACGGCAUUCAGGAUCCAGAAGACAUGAAGCCAGGUUUUGGUACUCCUAAGAGCCAAUAAACUCUAUAUCUGGAGUCUGGAAAGUACUGAGUUGCUAUUCAUGUACCUUCUCGUCUUCUCAGGAGAGGGUGCCAACCAAUUUGGCCAAGCAGGGACCAUCCAUUGCAUCUUGAAAAUCAAAGAUGCCAAUGAGCAUUAGAAUGAUUCUGUGUAUAUAGUUUCUCUUGGAUAUAGAUUCAUGCCUUGCCACCAUCAUUUAGAUGAUGCUUGAUGAAAGUAAUACAGUAAUGCUUGCUGAAAACUGUUUCUAGGCAUUAUGCAAAUGAAUACCUCAGUCCUCGUGUCAGAUU